CUGGUGUGAGUGGUGCUUGUGUUAGUGUAUGGCCUUUGCUUUACGACUUUACUUUACCUUGCCUUUACGUUUACUUCUGUGUGAGCUUUGCUCUGUGCAAGUGGAUUAUACGCACACAUGGAGCCCCAAACCUCGACGUUCCAGGCCAUUGGUGAAGAAGAUGACUCUCAAGAGCGGAUUCAAGAAUUAGAAAAAGAACUUGCUCGGCUUAAAGCUGACUGGGAAGAAAACGAACAGAAGGUUCGUGAUGAAUGUUGCAACGAAUGGAUAGAAAUUGUCACUAAGAUGGAAAAGUCGUGGAAUCAGCGAUAUGAAGACACAAAGGCGCGCUACGAAGAGUUUUGCGAAAACCGAGUGAAAGCUGACUGGGAAGAAAACGAAAAGAAGGUUCGUGAUGAAUGUUGCAACGAAUGGAUAGAAAUUGUCACUAAGAUGGAAAAGUCGUGGAAUCAGCGAUAUGAAGACACAAAGGCGCGCUACGAAGAGUUUUGCGAAAACCGAGUGAAAGCUGACUGGGAAGAAAACGAAAAGAAGUUUUCUACGUUUCUUUUUUACUUAGGUUCGUGA